AUGGUGCCUGCUACCUCAAUACCUGCACAACCGUUUCAGACCCCCAGAAACUCCUUACACGUAAUUACACAGCCUCUUUCCGAACCCUUCUCAAAAGCCUUUUCGAGGUACCUCCUGGCUUUCGUGGAGAGCCUGGGCUGGGGCGCGAGCUCUGCUCCUGAGGCAGAGCUGCCGGUCGAAGGCUACAUCGCUGCAGCCAGGAUGGACCCGGUGAUCAGCCGAAUCGAAAAGCGCAUCGCGAAUAUCACAGGUGUGCCCACCCAUCCGCACGAGGACAUACUCAGCAUCGUCCGCAUGAACCCUCGAAACUUGGAGCCACGCGGUGGCUUUUUCCCACCUGCAGGCCUGCGCCACGAUUCCGACUCGAGGCCUCAUCGCAGCUGGACACUACUGGUGUUCCUGGAGGUGCCUGAGGAAGGUGGCAGGAUUAUAUUCCCCGUAGCCGGCACGGCCCCUCGCGAUGGAGAGCUAUCCGAGCGGCACAGGCAAUUCCAUCGCGGUCUUCAGGAGCAGUUUGGUGGCGCCAAGCAAAACUACUCUCGAAGCGUCCGGUUCGAUCCGAGCUUGGAGCAUCCCUUCAUGGACCUCAUCGAAGAAAGCUGCCGCGGAAGCUACGGUGUGGCAGUGACUCCGAAACCUGGCUCCGCUCUGCUCUUCCCAUCUGACAGCGCGAGCCGCAGGAGUUCUUUGGAGAGUCCGUGUGCAUAUAUAGGUACAUACGUAUUAUAUACAUACAUACAGAAUAUAUAUAUAUAUAUAUAUAUAUAUAUAUAUAUAUAUAUAUACAUAUCCUCGCAUGCACAUAUGUUUGUAAAUAGUAUACACAAAUACAUACAUAUAUAUAUAUAUAUGUAUGUAUAUAUAUAUAUAUACACAUAUACAUAUACAUAUGUAUGUACACAUGUCUGA